UAAUCCGGACCGAACCGAUCCGGAUUAAGGGGCCGGAGGCGGGUCCUGGGCACCAGCGGUUCCGACCCCCCCCCCCCCAGUCCUCCGCGCCGCACCCGAGUGGCCCCCAGCCGAGCGGGCCCCCACCUCCCGGCCCGGCCUGGGCCCUUCUGAGCCUCCCUUGGCCUUUGUCCGGCGCCAGGAGGCCGGUCCCGCAACCCCCGCUGCCGCCCGGGCCCGGGCCCGCGUCGGGCGCCUGGCUCUGUACGCGAGCCCGGGGAUCUGCGGCCUCCGCGGCCCCCCUCCCCCGCCCGCCCUCUCGUGGAGCCCGGCGCCGGCGGCGGCUGCCCGGGCGGGGGGUUGCGGCGCUCAGGAGAGGCCCCGGCUCCGCCCCGGGCCUGCCCAGGGGGAGAGCAGAGCCAUCCGCAGCCGGGUCGGGUCGGGGCCCCUCCCUGGAGGAGCGUGGAGCGGCGGCGGCGGCAGCGGCAGUAGAAAUGAUGGAAGAAUUGCACAGCCUGGACCCACGACGGCAGGAAUUAUUAGAGGCUAGGUUUACUGGAGUUGGUGUUAGUAAGGGGCCACUCAAUAGCGAGUCUUCAAACCAGAGCUUGUGCAGUGUGGGGUCCUUAAGUGAUAAAGAAGUAGAGACUCCUGAGAAAAAACAGAAUGACCAGCGAAACCGGAAAAGAAAAGCCGAACCAUAUGAAACUAGCCAAGGGAAAGGCACUCCUAGGGGACAUAAAAUUAGUGAUUACUUUGAGUUUGCUGGGGGAAGCGGGCCAGGAACCAGCCCUGGCAGAAGUGUUCCACCAGUUGCACGAUCCUCACCGCAACAUUCCUUAUCCAAUCCCUUACCGCGACGAGUAGAACAGCCCCUCUAUGGUUUAGAUGGCAGCGCUGCAAAGGAGGUAUCGGAGGAGCAGUCUGCUCUGCCAACCCUGAUGUCAGUGAUGCUAGCAAAACCUCGGCUCGACACGGAGCAGCUGGCACAAAGGGGAGCUGGCCUCUGCUUCACUUUUGUUUCAGCUCAGCAAAACAGUCCCUCUUCUACAGGAUCUGGUAACACAGAGCAUUCCUGCAGCUCCCAGAAACAGAUCUCCAUCCAGCACAGACAGACCCAGUCUGACCUCACAAUAGAAAAAAUAUCUGCACUAGAAAACAGUAAGAAUUCUGACUUAGAGAAGAAGGAGGGAAGAAUAGAUGAUUUGUUAAGAGCUAACUGUGAUUUGAGACGGCAGAUUGAUGAACAGCAAAAGAUGCUAGAGAAGUACAAAGAACGAUUAAAUCGAUGUGUGACAAUGAGCAAGAAACUCCUUAUAGAAAAGUCAAAACAAGAGAAGAUGGCAUGUAGAGAUAAGAGCAUGCAAGACCGCUUGAGACUGGGCCACUUUACCACUGUCCGGCAUGGGGCCUCUUUUACCGAACAAUGGACAGAUGGUUAUGCUUUCCAGAACCUUAUCAAGCAGCAGGAAAGGAUAAAUUCACAAAGGGAAGAAAUAGAAAGACAACGGAAAAUGUUAGCAAAGCGGAAACCUCCUGCCAUGGGACAAGCCCCUCCAGCAACCAAUGAGCAGAAACAGCGGAAAAGCAAGACCAACGGAGCUGAAAAUGAAACAUUAACAUUAGCAGAAUACCAUGAACAAGAAGAAAUCUUCAAACUUAGAUUAGGGCAUCUGAAAAAGGAGGAAGCAGAGAUCCAGGCAGAGCUGGAAAGGCUAGAAAGGGUUAGAAAUCUACAUAUCAGGGAACUAAAAAGGAUACAUAAUGAAGAUAAUUCACAAUUUAAAGAUCAUCCAACGCUAAAUGACAGAUAUUUGUUGUUACAUCUUUUGGGUAGAGGAGGUUUCAGUGAAGUUUACAAGGCAUUUGACCUAACAGAACAAAGAUAUGUAGCUGUGAAAAUUCACCAGUUAAAUAAAAACUGGAGAGAUGAAAAAAAGGAGAAUUACCACAAGCAUGCAUGUAGGGAAUACCGGAUUCACAAAGAACUGGAUCAUCCCAGAAUAGUUAAGCUGUACGAUUACUUUUCACUGGACACUGACUCGUUUUGUACAGUAUUAGAAUACUGUGAGGGAAAUGAUCUGGACUUCUACCUGAAACAGCACAAAUUAAUGUCGGAGAAAGAGGCCCGGUCCAUUAUCAUGCAGAUUGUGAAUGCUUUAAAGUACUUAAAUGAAAUAAAACCUCCCAUCAUACACUAUGACCUCAAACCAGGUAAUAUUCUUUUAGUAAAUGGUACAGCAUGUGGAGAGAUAAAAAUCACAGAUUUUGGUCUUUCCAAGAUCAUGGAUGAUGAUAGCUACAAUUCAGUGGAUGGCAUGGAGCUAACGUCACAAGGUGCUGGUACUUAUUGGUAUUUACCACCAGAGUGUUUUGUGGUUGGGAAAGAACCACCAAAGAUCUCAAAUAAAGUUGACGUCUGGUCAGUGGGUGUGAUCUUCUACCAGUGUCUUUAUGGAAGGAAGCCUUUUGGCCAUAACCAGUCCCAGCAAGACAUUCUACAAGAAAAUACUAUCCUUAAAGCUACUGAAGUGCAGUUUCCGCCAAAGCCAGUAGUGACACCUGAAGCAAAGGCAUUUAUUCGGCGAUGCUUAGCCUACCGAAAGGAGGACCGCAUCGAUGUCCAGCAGCUGGCCUGUGACCCCUACUUGCUGCCUCACAUCCGAAAGUCGGUCUCUACAAGUAGCCCUGCUGGCGCUGCUAUUGCAUCAACCUCCGGGGUGUCCAAUAACAGUUCUUCAAAUUGAGACCCACUCCUAGGCCACAGACUGUUCAACACACACACAGUGGACAAAUGGCAUUCAGCAGCGGGUUUGGAACAUAGCGAAUCCGAAUGGAUCUCAUGAAACCUGUACCAGGUGCUUUUAUUUUCUUGCUUUUUUCCCAUCCAUAGAGCAUGACAGCAUCGAUUCUCAUUGAGGAGAAACCUUGGGCACCUCUGGCCAGGCCUCAUAGGAAAAGGCCCCGCCCGAGGUUCCGGCGUCAACGGCCACUGUGUGUGGCUGCUCUGAGUGAGGAAAAAAAUUAAAAAGAAAAACUGGUUCCAUGUACUGUGAACUUGAAAACAUGCAGACUCAGGGGGGUCCCUGAUGCAGUGCUUCAGAUGAAGAAUGUGGACUUGAAAAUACAGACUGGGCUAGUCCAGUGUCUAUAUUUAAACUUGUUCUUUUCUUUUAAUAAAGUUUAGGUAACAUCUCCUAAAAAGCUUGUAGCACAAAGGCUCAGCUGGGGAUGGUGUUUGACUUCGGAGGAAAAAAGUUGCUAUUGCCCGUUAAAGGCACUAGAGUUAGUGUUUUAUCCCUAAAUAAUUUCAAUUUUUAAAAACAUGCAGCUUCCCUCCCCCCUUUUUUAUUUUUGAAGAAUACAUUUGGUCAUAAAGUGAAACCCGUAUUAGCAAGUACGUGGCAAUGUUCAUUCCAGUCAGAUGCAGCUUUCUCCUCCAUCUGGUCUCCUGUGUGCAAUUGCUUCCCUCAUCGCAGUGGGAAAUUUGAGUGGGAGGACUGAGAUGUGGGGGUUUUGCCACUGGACAAAGAAUGAGGUUAGAAGACUGCAGCUUGGGUCUCUCUGGGUUUUCAACUAUUUCUUCACAAUUUGAACACUUGACGGUUGUCCCUUUUAAUUUAUUUGAAGUGCUAUUUUUUUAAAUAAAGGUUCAUCUGUCCAUGCA